CCGCUGCUGCCGGGCCAUGGCGACCUGCUUUCUGCUGCGGAACUUCUGCGCCGCGCGUCCCGCGCUGCGGCCUCCGGGCCGACUCCUCCGGGAGCCCGCAGGGGCCCAGCGGCGCAGCUACGUCGGCGGCCCGGCUGACCUCCACGCCGACCUGCUCCGCGGGGACAGCUUUGUGGGCGGCCGCUGGCUUCCAACCCCUGCCACCUUCCCUGUGUAUGACCCGGCCAGCGGCGCCAAGCUGGGCACCGUGGCCGACUGCGGGGUACCGGAGGCCCGCGCUGCUGUGCGCGCCGCCUACGAUGCCUUCAGCAGCUGGAAAGAGAUCUCGGUCAAGGAGAGGAGCUCAUUGCUCCGUAAAUGGUACGACUUAAUGAUACAAAACAAGGACGAGCUUGCCAAGAUCAUAACAGCUGAGAGUGGAAAGCCACUGAAAGAGGCCCAGGGAGAGAUCCUGUAUUCAGCGUUUUUCCUGGAGUGGUUCUCAGAGGAAGCUCGCCGUGUUUAUGGAGACAUCAUCUAUACCUCUGCCAAAGAUAAGCGAGGACUGGUCCUCAAGCAGCCCGUUGGUGUGGCGUCCAUCAUCACACCGUGGAAUUUUCCCAGUGCCAUGAUCACCCGGAAAGUGGGGGCUGCCCUGGCAGCUGGCUGCACUGUGGUGGUAAAACCUGCUGAAGAUACACCCUAUUCUGCCCUGGCCCUGGCUCAGCUUGCAAACCAGGCAGGAAUCCCUCCAGGUGUCUAUAAUGUCAUUCCCUGCUCUAGAACCAAGGCCAAGGAAGUGGGAGAGGUGCUGUGUACUGAUCCCCUCGUGUCCAAAAUCUCCUUUACUGGCUCAACGGCAACGGGAAAGAUCCUGCUGCAUCAUGCAGCAAAUUCUGUGAAGCGUGUCUCCAUGGAGCUGGGUGGCCUCGCCCCAUUCAUUGUCUUUGACAGUGCCAACGUGGACCAGGCUGUCGCAGGAGCAAUGGCAUCUAAAUUUAGGAAUGCUGGGCAGACUUGCGUUUGCUCAAACAGAUUCUUGGUACAACGGGGUAUCCACGAUUCCUUUGUAACGAAGUUUGCAGAAGCGAUGAAGAAAAGCCUGCGUGUAGGUAACGGAUUUGAGGAAGGAACAACUCAAGGGCCAUUAAUUAAUGAGAAAGCUGUAGAAAAGGUAGAGAAGCAUGUGAAUGACGCAGUUGCCAAAGGGGCCACGGUUGUGACAGGCGGGAAGCGACACCAGAGCGGAGGGAAUUUCUUCGAACCCACCCUGCUCAGCAACGUCACCAGGGACAUGCUCUGCAUCACCGAGGAGACCUUUGGGCCGCUGGCGCCAGUCAUCAAGUUCGAUAAAGAGGAAGAGGCUGUCGCCAUCGCAAAUGCAGCUGAUGUUGGAUUGGCAGGUUACUUUUACUCUCAAGACCCAGCCCAGAUCUGGAGAGUGGCGGAGCAGCUGGAGGUGGGCAUGGUUGGCGUGAACGAAGGACUGAUCUCUUCAGUGGAGUGCCCUUUUGGUGGGGUGAAACAGUCCGGCCUUGGGCGAGAAGGGUCCAAGUAUGGCAUUGACGAAUAUCUAGAGGUCAAAUAUGUGUGUUAUGGAGGCUUGUAGGGUUCUCACUUCUUUAAUAAAUUACCUAGAUCCAUAGGGACAUUCCAUCCAUUUUUUUACAAUGAACAAGUAGGUUAUCAGAGUUAUGAAUUUUUAAAAAUUCAGCCGGUCCUGUCUUAGAUGUACACCCUAACCCUUCCCUUAUCUAACUAGGGACCAAUGGACACCAUAUACCUGUGGCUGUGGGUCCCAGCCAGUGCUGAGACCCCAGCACAACCCCACUGCCUCCAGACAAAGUACAGUGUGAGUGUUCACAUGCCCUCUGGCACCUCACGAAGUGUAGUCACUGUGUGGGCAGUGGGUCCGCCCAGGCCUGUCAGCUUUGAGGAACAGCUGGCUGCCUGUCCGGGGGUUGGGGUGGGGAUGGAGGUGGGGGCGUUGGUUGGCAAAGGCUUUGGUUUCCUAAGACUUCUUUCUAAACCUCACAGAUUGCCUGCACUAUAUGGAAUGAAGGGGUGUUUCUCCUUGUUUCUGGGCUGCUGUUUAUUACUGGGAGCAGGGUUAUUUUGGGUUUUUUGUUUUGUUUUUGCUUUCUUUGGUUCAUCCUGGUUUGGUUUGACUUUAUCCGACAGGGUCUUGCUAAGUAGCCUACCUGGCUUCAGACUCACAGGUCUCCUGUUUCAGCCUCCGAAGGGUUAGGGUCACAGGCAUGCUCUCCUACAGCUGGGUAAAGGAAGUCUCUAUUGCCCUAAACUUACAGCUCAUGUUUAAUUUUGUUCCUCUUAGAAAAUCAACCCAAACUGGGGGCAAAAAUCAGCAGAGUCGGGUUGGUAGGACAGACAACAUGGCUUUUGUGUCUUUUCCAGUGCUUGGUGUUGGAUCCAUGGCCUUGUCAUACCAGCAUGUGUUCUACCACCGAACUAUCCCUAGCUUUUUUUCUUUCUUUCCUUUUAAUUUUUGAGACAGAGUCUUGAUAAGUUGCACUGGCUGGCCUUGAGCUGCUUGGUCUCAGUAGCCUACGUAGCUGGGGAGACAGGCCUGCAUUGCUGGCCAGGCCAGUGGAGAGUCUCAACUGCCGCCUGCUGUCUUGGGCAUGCUCUUUAGGGCACCAUGGUCCCACUUACAGAGAUUCAUGCUUGGCUUAAAGGACAGUGUGGGCCUGGAAGAAAAAAUUGCUUUACAAAAUGGUGGAAAUGCAGCUCAAGUACAGGAACCAUUUUCGAUGACCACCCUGCCCCUCCUUGAGCUCAGGAGGUGACUUCGUGGAGGAAAGAAACCAGGCACCUAGUUGCUCACCUGCCUAAGUCUGACCCAGGUUUUCUGUAUCUGGGUGUGGCUGCUGCUAAACUUGCAGAAGAGCAAAUACACUUUACUGCUAUGAAAAAAGUUAUUCCCACCAUGGCCAGUCUGCUGUGGAAGAGAGCUGAAGCCAUGAAUCUCAGGCACCUUUGCCCUAAGUAAAGCGUUUAUGGUUCAUGAUUCAAAAACAAAGCACCACACAGGGACCUGCAAGAUAACUUGGGUAAGGCUUUGCUGGACAAGCCUGGUGACCUGAGACCUGAGUUCUAUCCCUGGAACCUACAGAAAGACAGAGAACCAACAUGACAGUGUUGACCUCUGACCUCCACAAAUGCAUCAGAGCAUUCACCACACACACACACACCCCAAAAUUCCCUGCAACUGGUGUUGGUCUUGCUUUGAAACAGUUUAAGUGAGGGAGAGCCUAUGUUCUUGUAGGCAUGCCUCCCAUCUACCUAGAAGCUAUUUAUUCCCAACAGGCAACGAUGAAGCUCCCUGCUCCCUCCCCCUCUCUGUGCAGAGAGCCCACUGGCACACUCUGUGGAUGCUCUGUAACACAUCAACGGGAAUGACAGUAGCACUAGCUGCAGUGGUUCCUAAACACUAAGCCCCAUGCCACUGGGAAUGUUGAAUGAGGAAGUCAUGAUUCUUAAAAUCUCUGUGCACAAGAAGAAAGUAGAAAUCUGCCUCCUAGGGACCCCGCCCAAAUGGCAAGGGUCACAACUCAGGAUGCUCAUAGUCUGUUUAUGCCAUUCUUUUGUAUAGUGUGUAUAGUCGGUUUCUAUUACAUUUUCUAAUUUAAAUUUUAAUUUUUUUAUGGACGUGGGUGUUUUGCCUACAUGUAUAUCUGUGCACCACAUGUAUGCUGGUGCCCUCAAGAGGCCAGAAAGGGGCAUCAGAACACCUAGAAAUAGAGUUACAGAUGAUUGUAAGCCGCCUUGUGGGUUCUGGGAAUCGACCCCUGGCCCUCUGAAAAUAAGCAUUUUUCUGAAAAUAAGCAUUUUUCUGAAAAUAAGCAUUUUUCUGAAAAUGAGCCUUCUUGACAGCCCGACAUUUCUAAUUUCUUAAUAAUUGUGCCAUCUUUUUUUUUUAAUUAAAAAUACAAAAUGUUCUGCUGGUUAUUUUGUAGAAAAUGAAUACACCCACUGAGAUGUGAAUUCCUUUCAAAUAUACUUUAAACUGUGUCAACCAGUGGGUUCCCGGACUGUGUGGCAAGUUUGUACUUUUUGUGUGUGCAUGUUUGAUUCACUGGGUAGAUCGCCGGCCCAUACAUUUGUUACAAUAAGUGUAAUCAAUUUCUGUAAUUAAAACAAGGUGGGGGGCUAUUGGUGGUGAAGUAUAUACUUAGCACACUGGAGACCAUGGAAUUAAUCAUCACCAAAGAGUGAACAUUGGGAUUUUAUAUUGUUUUUAAACACGAUCUCCUGUUGGCCUUAAAUUCUGGGCUCAAAUGAUCCUUAGUUCGCCAAAUAUCUAUAACUAUAGGCAUGUUGUCACCAAGUCAACUAAGUAGAUUUAUUAUUUUUAGGGGUUUUUGAGUCUGGGUCUCAUGUAGUUGGGGCUCACCUUGGAACUCUCCUGCCCCUACUUCCUGUACUGGAACUACCACACCUAACUAAGGAGUGUUUGCUGGUGAAUCUCUGUUGCUGUUCCUUAAGAUAUGUGACAGAUGGGAGUUUUGAAGCUGUCUAUACAGGCAUGCAAGGACAAGGGCUAAUGACCCACAACCUGUGAGUCAGAUCUGACCUGCCACCUGAUUUUGUCUAACUUGGGACUUUAGUUUGUUUUUUUUUUAAUCUAUUCAAAUGGAUUGGGGUGGGUGACAACUGUUAUUUCAUGAAACCUGUGGAUGACCACAGCCACAGUGCCCUGUGCCUGAGUGGCUGUGGUGUGACAGUAUGGCCUGCAGAGCCUAAAGGAUUAACUGCAAAGCUGCUAAAAAAAAGGUUUACAGCCCCUCACCUAGAUCAAGCCGGAGACACUGGCCUUCUCCCGGCCCCCACCCCACCCCACCCCCGUGUUUAUGAGUCAUCAUUUUAUCCUAUUAAACACCCUCUGUGAAAACUGCACAUUUUCUGGGCAUUGGUUAGCAGGACUUCUUGGCAGUAAUUAUCAACUCAAAUGACAUAAGCCUGAUAGUCAUGUCUCCCAGGUAGUGGGGCUCACUGAAGUACCAGAGUUCGUCUGUUUUUCCAUCUGAGGGACCUUGAAGCAGGGCCUCGUAGCAAGUGAUUCUUCUUUCUCUAUCUUUGUUCUUCAGGACUGGGGGGGAGGGGUGUAGGAGAAUAAAGAUCAGACGCACAAUGUAAGCAAGCCUAUUCUGUGAUGUAACAACCUUCAAAUGGGGUCCCAUGGGUUGUCCUCUCUGAAGGCCAGAUCCCAGUGUUUAUUACCCCUGUGCACCUAUUUUAACACACAACUUUACUUGAAUACUUAAUACUGUGACUGUUCUAUGCCAUACUUUGUGAGACAAAUUUCAUGAGUUGUUGAGAAAUAUAUUUUGCUCUAUCAACAUGUAUUGCUUCGUUUUUCUAGUGUUUGACAUUGUGUGAUCAACAGAGUUGAAUCUCAAUAAAUGUUUAACAGGAUUUCUUAUUCCUGUGUGAAA